GCCGGGCGUGAGAAACGGCACCGACAUCGUUCCCGGCAUCGAGACGACAAUGAGCAACGACACCGCCACAAGCGACGACAUCGCGAUCGCGACCACGAUGACGACAAUGAAUCACGCAGAAAACGACACCAGAGCCAUUCCCCACGCGAGGUAAAGCAUGGUACAAACCAGGAUACCGCCGCAGCGGUGAAGGCGUUGAAGAGCGACGACAAUGAUGAUGGGGACUGGGCGGAGAAGGAAAGUGCCGCAGCGCCGGCGAAGGACGGUACAAAGGCACAGCGUGAUGCCUGGAUGCAGGACCCCGCUGCAUUGGAAGUGGACUAUGUGCAGAGGACCCGGCCCAAAUCACCGCCUGGUCAAUUCGUGGGUGCAAAGCAGAGUCAUGAUUUCAAAGUGACCGACCAACAGUUUAAUGAGCAUCUUGCAGAGCUGCAGAACGACUGUGACUCGAAUGGUGACGACGAUGCCGAGAAGGUGAAGGAUGAGCCCGCCCAGCACUACGUAAAGUACACCUUUGGUGACAAUGGCAGCUCGUGGCGUAUGACGAAGUUGAAAGGAGUAUAUCGAAAAGCUGAAGAGACUGGCAUGGAUCUGGACGUCGUCGCGGAAGAGUCGUAUGGAGACCUUCGGCUGUUCGACGACGCGCGGGAGGAGGAACGCGAAGUGAAUAGGCGUGCCAUGUACGGCAAAGAAUAUAUCGGUCGGGAGACACCAUCGGGCGAACUGUUCGCAGAACGGAAAUUGAGGACGGUCGUUAGACGCGAGACUGAGGACAAGGGAAGAGGGGCAGCAUAUCCGGCUGAUGGGGGGCACAUGCGUGCAGCGAAAGCACCCCUGCAGAGUGCGCCUUUCGAUCAAAGUGCACUCAACAAAUGGAAGGCUCAGUUGAUCAAGGCGAAGCUGAUGAAUGCAUCAAAUGUAGCACAACUCGAGGAGGAGUAUACGCUUGCAGAGACAGCGUUCUUGGCCCAUCGGGCACAUCCUGGCGUGGUGGUACUAAACGACAUGGAGAAUAGGAUGCUGGCAGGAGACCGUUCCGGGGAAGUCACGGCUCUAACUGGCAAACGGGCCCUUGAGCGUGGCACGGUACAGGAAAACGAAGACAUGUCGAUCGAAGAAAUGGUCAAGCAGGAAAAGCGCACACGAGGCGCCAAUGGAGGCGAAGGGCGCGCUUUUGCUGAGCGCAUUGCCAAGGAUGGAAAAUUCAAGGACAAUUUGGAGUACAUGGACGACAAUGCCGCGCACCUGUCCAAGAGGGUGGUCAAAUCGGACACGAACCUACGCAAUGCAGCCGUCGGCGACUUUCAGAGGAUGCAAAGAACCCUGGAUAAUUGCCCACUCUGCUACCAUGAGGAUUCCAGUGCGCCGCCCGUAGCUCCUGUGCUCAGCCUGGCCACGCGCACCUAUAUGACACUUGCGACAGAACCAGAGAUGGCAAAACACGGCGCCGUUGUUGUUCCGAUUCAGCAUCGUCUCAAUCUCCUGGAGUGCGAUGACGACGAGUGGGAAGAAAUCCGGAAUUUCAUGAAGUCUCUUACUCGCUUCUACCAUGCUCAAGACAAGAGUGUGAUUUUUUACGAAAAUGCCGCUCAUAUGCAUAGCCGCAAGGGACACGCCGCGCUCAUGGCGGUACCGCUGCCACACCACCUCGCCGAGAACGCUCCGGCCUAUUUCAAAGAAGCGGUACUCGCAUCCGACGAGCAGUGGAGCCAGCACAAACCGAUCAUCGAUACUCUGGCGUUGACACAGAAGGCUGGCUAUGGCAAGGCAGCAUUCAGGAGAGCCAUGGUCAAGGAGAUGCCUUACUUCCAUGUCUUCUACACUCUAGACGGCGGCAUGGGGCACGUUAUCGAAGAUGAGAGACGAUGGCCCAAGGGCGAUCUCUUCGCGAGGGAAGUGCUGGGCGGUAUGCUCGACAAAGGUCCAGAGGUCAUUAAGAAGCAGGGUCGGUGGGAAAGACACGACCGGAGAGUGGAUAGCUUCAAGAAGAAAUGGGAUCCGUUUGACUGGACGAAGGUGUUGAUGGAAGCGCCAUAAGCGGGACGGGACUGGCCCACGCUGCCCGUACCUCCUACAUGUAGUUGUAGAAGACAAAGGAUACGGUAUUGGCAGCGCCUAGUCGCUCCCUUGUGCUGUUCCUUGGCACUGGAACCUGGAAAGUGACGGCCAGGCGGAGCAGGAAAGUGCAGCUAAGCAUGCCCGUAAAAGUGAGUGAAUACAACACCUGGAGGAGUGGAGGUAGGAGGUAGGUACAUAACGCUGAGCUGGGCCCUAGAGAGUGGAGACAGCAGGGGUGUGGGGAGUGCUCCUGCUGCAAGGCUGUUGCUGUUGCUCAGUUGCUGGAUAGAUGCAUGCAUGCAUCAUGUCGUCAUUGGCGACGCACACUCAUUUGGUGGCUCAGGUACAUAAGGCAGGCGCAGGCAGGUGGACGAACUUGCAUUCCCUGAUGUUACCUAUUGUGCGCUCGUCACCGCACUGCAUGCCACCGCCAGCUCUGGAACCUCGAAAUUGACCCUCUUGCACAUCAUCCACUCCGCCAUUGUCGCUGCGUGGACCGCGAGACCACUCGCACGGGAAGCCUUGGCGUUCGCAGGACAGGUUGCAGGGCAGCAGGCCCACGCUAGGAGGUAGCACAUCCACAAGGGCGCAGUUCGGCCGCAAUCAUCAUGGCGGACCAGCAGCAGCAACAUGCGCCGGGCGGAGCAUACUCGGGCAAGAAUAAGAUCCCUACCAUCGGCCAGUUCAUCGACCGUCUUGACAAGGACAAGAAAGAUCGGGACAGGCAGAUCGAUCAGAGCCAGAGUGCCGUGGCCGGCUCAUCAGACGUGAAGCCUCACCAGAAUGAGAAGAGAGAGGCGGGCGCCGGCAAGACCGUCACCGACCCUACGACCGGCAAGCAGGUUGUCGUCGAAAAUGUGAAUGAAGCUUUUAGAGAGCGAGCCAUCAACCCAAGCCUUUCAGUCCCCAAUGCGAACUUGGGCAAGGAUACGCCUGUCAAGACCGAUGCUUCUCAGAAGAACCCCGAGUACAAGGAGAUGCAAGACAUCACGGCUCCUCCAGAUCCAAUUGCUGAAGGCUCGACCAGCGACGUGCCCAUUCAUGGAGAGAAGACUAACAUUCUGUUCCAUCCCACACCGAGUGUGAGCUAUGAAGCCACCUUCAAGCGGUUGGAGGAGCGAGGUUUGUGGCUGGUAAUAGGUGUCUUCCUCGCCAUUGUCAUUGUGGGACGCGUAUUCGGUGGUCGCUAUCUUGGGCUGCUGCCUCUUGGAGCAUGCGUUUCCAGCGGCAUCUGGCUCUGGAUCAAGGAACUCAUCCGAUCUGGCAGAGAAGUGGAAUGGGAAUCGGAAAAGACCCGUGGCGAGACAGCCACUGCCAAUCUCCUUCCAGAGAGUGUCGAAUGGAUGAAUACCUUGCUCGGCAUCGUCUGGGGUCUCGUCAAUCCUGAUAUGUUCCAAGCCGUAGCAGACACUCUCGAAGACGUUAUGCAAGCGUCCGUGCCGGGGGUCAUCGAGAACGUCCGCGUGGCAGAGAUCAAUCAAGGCAGUAAUCCCAUCAGGAUUCUCAGCCUGAGAGCGCUGCCUGACAAUCACAUGAAAGACAUGAAGAAAGCUAUUCACGAAGAGAACAAAAAGAAUAAGGAUCCACAGGAGGCAGCUGCUGAUGAGGAAGGAGGUGAUUACUACAAUCUUGAGAUUAGCUUCGCAUACCAUGCUGCACCUUCUGGAGUGCGAGCCAGCGACAAAGCACGGAAUAUGCACAUGCAGCUAGUCUUCUAUCUCGGCAUCAAAGGCCUGUUCGGUGUCCCAUUGCCCAUCUUUGUCGAGCUUCAGGAAUUGGUCGGUACUGUACGUCUCCGUCUGGCCAUGACUCCCGAACCGCCAUUUCUCAAGACACUUACCUUCACCUUGAUGGGUGUACCGCAUGUGGCCGCUGGCUGCGUGCCUAUGCUUGCGAACGGUGUCAACAUUCUCCAGCUUCCUCUGAUCUCGAACUUUGUCAAUUAUGCGAUCGGCGCGGCCGCCAGCAUGUACGUGGCACCCAAGUCAAUGUCCAUUGAUAUGCGAGCGAUGUUACAAGGCGAUGAUAUCACCAAGGACGUCCAAGCUCUUGGUGUGCUCUGGAUCCGCAUUCAUAAGGCGGUUGGUCUCAGCAAGCAAGAUAAGCGUGGCUCGAAAUGGGGAGGUAGUGACCCGUAUAUCACGUUGACUUUCUCCAAGUAUGGAAAGCCGAUGUAUUGCACGAGAGUCAUCACGGACGACUUGAACCCCAUCUGGGAGGAGACCACAGCUCUUUUGGUCACACCUGAGCUGAUCAAGGCCGAUGAGAACCUUAGUGUGGAACUAUGGGACAGCGAUCGCCAUUCAGCAGACGACAUUGUUGGCAAGGUCGAGCUCAGUAUGCAGAAGAUGAUUCAGCAUCCAGGUAAGAUGUACCCACAAGUGUCGCAACUUGCAGGCAUGGAUGAGGGCUCGAAUAUGCCUGGUGAGCUGCAUUGGGAGGUCGGCUACUUUGGCAAGGCACAAUUCCGUCCCGACCUACGCACUGAUGGCAAGAACAAAGCGCUGCCCGACACACUCAAGGACAACCCCGAGCUGCAGGACGAAAAAGGUGUACAGAACACCGCCUCAGACGACGCGGUAGCCCAUACUCCUCCAGAUCCGCUGUGGCCCAGCGGAAUAUGCUCUGUGAUCGUCCAUCAGAUCGUGAAUCUUGAGCUGGAAAAUGUGAAAGGUACAUCAGGCACCCGCAACGGACAUGAAUUCGAGCCGGCCAAGGCGUACGGCGAAUCGACAGAGGAGGAAGGACAAGACUUGCCCACCUCAUACUGCACGAUCUUGUACAACGAUGAGCUUGUCUACCGCACGAGAGCCAAAGCCGUGAGCAGUAAGCCCAUCUUCAAUGCUGGAACGGAAAGGUUCGUCAGGGAUUGGCGCAGUGCUAUUAUCACAGUGACCGUGCGGGACCAACGCAACCGUGAGCAUGAUCCCAUUCUAGGAGUUGUUCCAUUGAAGCUUUCGGACAUUCUUGAAACCAGCAGCCAGGUCACCAGGUGGUACCCAUUGGACGGCGGUAUUGGCUUUGGCCGCAUCCGCAUCUCGCUGCUCUUCCGUUCCAUCGAAACUCGACUACCUCCUCAGCAGCUCGGAUGGGAUGUCGGCACAUUCAUGUUCACAUCAGCUAGGAUUGCUGCUAAAGACUAUACGCACCACGCUCGUAUCAAAAUGCGAACAGGAGGCUCGACCGGUAAGGUUGGACGUUCCGCCUGUCAUUCGUUCAACGAGGCGGGAAUGAGUGGCUACUACUGGGACCUGAGUCAAGCGCAGCGUGACGAUAAGCCCAUCCGGCUUCCAGUCAAGUACCGAUACAGGUCUCCCAUUGUUUUUGAGCUUCAUGUCACAAACAAACGUAAAGCGGAUGCCUUUGCAGUCCUGUGGCUUCACGAGCUCACUGACAAUGACGAGAAGGAGGUCGACAUCCCCAUCUACCAGACAGCAGCGUCCGCGCGUCUGACGCAGAAUUACAUCACACCCGAGAUGAUAGCUGCAGGAGACAUCCCCGGACUCGAUGAUCUCAAGGAGAUUGGUCGACUUCAGUUCGCGGGAAGAUUCAAGGCUGGCAUGGAUGAGUCGCAUGAGGCUUUUGUCGCUGAUAAUAACUCACGCGAGACUUUUGAGACUUGGGAAGCUUGCCUUGCGGAGGGCGUCCGUACAAGACAGGUCGAGAAAGAGCUACCUGAGCGUGUGCAGACCCUCCACGAUGAGUCUUUGACCAAGGGCCGCGAUAUAUUGAAAGAGGCACCCGAGGAAGAAAAGACGAGAUGGCUCGCGAAGACUGGCACUGACUGGAGUGGUGCUUUCGGAGAUGAUCCUGCCAAUUACAUGGACAAAGAUGGCAAAAAGCGACGUGAGCCAGGCUCGGAUCCUCCGUUAGCAGAUGGAGAAGAUGCCGAAAAGGGUGGGCAGCUCACGGAUGAGGACUAUGAUGACAGCGAUUCCGAUCUGGGUGUCGUGGACGCUGCUAAUGGCGGCAGCCCAUCGUCAGACCGGCAGUCAAUAGGGACAAUGGAGUCUGGGUGGACCGCAGGCACGACAGAUACCUUUCAAUCACAGAAAGACGCCAACAAACAGAACAAGAAGACAGAGGAGCGCAAACAGCGUGGUCUCAUGCAAUGGAAGCCAGCUCGUAACCUGAAAUUUGCCAAAGAUGAGUCUAUCAUCGGCAUGCGCAAGUUAAAGGGCAAGAUCACAGGCGGCCUGGAUGGCAGGCAACCUGGCGUCGAGACAGAAACUGGUCAGUGAGAGGGGAGAGCUGUAUCAGCCAGCAAAGAAAGCGAUGUUUACGAGUGGUAUUAACAGUACGAGAAAUGGGUUGCGACUAGUACAUGAGACAGUGUUUGGAGUCGUGGCAAUAGCAUCAUCGUUAAAGACGGGAAACCGAGACUCCAGUGUAGGCUACUGCGUCAGAUUUUUGUCUACUUGUCGGCAACAUCGUCACUGCCAACAAUUACGCGUUCAAUUAAAGAAAAAGCACACGCAAAUGCAGCAAACUGAAGAGACG